AUGCAGGAGAACUACGAGAACGUGAUCUCGCUGGCGGAGGAGAUUGCGAUCAGCUGGCCCCGGAUAACCGCUUUUGCCGAGUCCCACAGGAGGAGAGGAUUGGUAUCCGGCAUAGAGAUGGAGUCAGAGCAGGGCCAGCUGGAGCCAGCCCAGGUGCAGAACUCAGCCACGGCUGGGCCCAGCGAAGGAGGGAUGACCCCUGACUUGCGUCGGCAGCUGGGUCUCAUCCUGCAGACCGCCGGCCGGAGCCAGGUGGAGAAGAUGCUGCGGGAGCUGGUGAGGGAGCAGAGCCAGGAGGGCAAGCGCAAGGCUCGCAAGAAAGCCACAAGGAGUGCCAAGGAUGGAGGUGACGGGGCGCCAAGUGACAAUGAGGAGGCGACCCCCCCCCAGGAAGGCUCUGAGAAGGCGGAGUCACCCGAGGCCUUGCCAGGAAAAACUGAGGGCCCGGAUCAGGGUAAAGCCAGCGGGAGCCAGUGCCGGUCGGAAGGGCAGCCACCGCAGCAGAAGAGCCCCACGCCGGGGAAGCAAGAGGGCAAAGCCACUCGCCGCACCAGCCUCAAGAAGGGGAAAGAGCCCCCACUGUCGCAGCAGCAGCGGGGGGCAGGCGUCUGCACCGAGUGUGGGAAGGACUACGGCUGUGGGCGGGCAGCGCAGCGGGUGCAGACACCGGAGAAGCCGCACCAGUGCGGGGAGUGUGGGCGCUGCUUCCGCCAGCGCUCCAUCCUGGCCAAGCACCAGAAGAUACACACGGGGGAGAAGCCCUACCGCUGUGACGACUGUGGCAAGUGCUUUAGCCGCGGCUCCAACCUGACACAGCACCAGCGCAUCCACACCGGCGAGCGCCCCUUCCAUUGCGGCGACUGCGGCAAGAGCUUCAUCCAGAAGUCGGACCUGGAGCGGCACCAGCGUGUCCACACCGGCGAGCGCCCCUAUCAGUGCGGCCAGUGUGGCAAGUGCUUCAGUUGUCCCGAGUGCGGGAAGUGCUUUGCCCAGCGGGCCUCACUCUCCAAGCACCGCAAGACCCACAGCGGCGAGCGGCCCUACCAGUGCGGUGACUGCGGCAAGCGCUUCAGCCGCAGCUCCAACCUGACCCAGCACCAGCGCAUCCACACCGGCGAGCGCCCCUUCCAGUGUGGCGACUGCGGCAAGCGCUUCAUCCAGCGCUCCGACCUGGAGCGGCACCAGCGCGUCCACACCGGCGAGCGGCCUUACACCUGCCCCGACUGCGGCAAGAGUUUCAGCGUCAGUUCCCACCUGGACCGGCACCAGAAGAUCCAUGCUGCUGAGCAGGCCUCCUACCGCUGCCCCGAGCACCUCAAGGGCUUCCUGGCCGCCCACCAGCACGGCAAACUCUUCAAGUGCUCUGACUGUGGACGCUGCUUCAGCCAGAGCGCGGCACUGAUCAAGCACCAGCGGGUGCACGCCAGCGAGAGGCCCCACCAGUGCACGGACUGCGGGAAGAGCUAUCAGGGAAGCCCCCGCCACCACCGGCGGAGAAGCCAUAAGUGCACGGACUGUGGGAAGGGCUUUGGGCAGCGCUCGGCCCUGGUGAAACACCAGCGGAUCCACACGGGUGAGAAGCCCUACGCCUGCCCUGACUGCGGCAAGGGCUUCAUCCAGAAGUCGGACCUGACCAUCCACCGGCGCAUGCACACCGGGGAGAAGCCCUACCGCUGCCCCGAGUGCGGGAAGUGCUUCAGCGUCAGCUCCAACCUCAUCACCCACCAGCGCACUCACCUGGGCGAGAAGCCCUACCAGUGCUCCGAGUGCGGCAAGAGCUUCAUCCAGCGCUCAGAGCUCACCAUCCACCAGCGCGUGCACACCGGCGAGAAGCCCUACAAGUGCCCCGAGUGCGGGAAGUGUUUCAGCCGUAGCUCCCACCUCAACCGGCACCAGCGCACCCACGCCGGCGACAAGCCCUCGCUGCUCUCCGCCACCAAGAACUCGGUCGCUGCCACCAGCAACCCCCUGCAGGCCUCCUCCGCCUUCUCCUCUGCCUCCUUCUCCUCCCCGCUGGGCACCUCCUCUGCCCCCCUCCCCGCCCUCCCCUCUUUCCCUUCCUCACCCUCACCCAUCUCCAUCCCUGCCCUCUCCAAUAACCCACUGGAUCUGCCCUGGGCCCUGUCCUUCCCAUCCCGUGCCUUCCCCCACCCUUCCUUCCCCUCGCCUGCUCCGUCCGGGGCCCCGGCCUCAUCACUGAUAAACUAA